UACACGAGGUUUGUCCCUUGGGAAAACACAUGAGUAUGCCUUUGUUGUGCUUAUAUUUAGUAAGCUAUCUCUUUAUUCCGAGAUCAGUGUAAAGACCUUGUGACGUUGUGGCUUGCGCGUUCAAGUCACCCUACAGAGUUUAAAUGGUUAGACACUAGUAGUCCUUAAAUUUUGCGCGCCAUGGCUGGAUUUCACGAUUUCAAUCGCACUUCUAAUAAAAAUGGCAAAAGAUCAGAUUCAAGUUGCGAUUGUGGGAGGAGGUAUCGCCGGGCUUGCUCUCGCAGCGGGCUUGGUUAAGAAACAGCAUAUUGAUGUUCACGUCUACGAGUCGGUCCCAGCUUACAAAGAUGUCGGUGCUGGGUUGGCCCUCCAUCUCAAUGCCAUCAAGGCCAUGACGCUCCUAGGCCCUGAAAUAAGGCAAGCGUACUUUGAUAAGGCUCUGACCAUGGGCGACGAGGACCAGGAGAUGGUCACCGAGGUAAUUCUAGGUCAGGGGCCACAUAAAGGCGAGCUAGUAGCAGAACUUGGCAGGGCGAAGGGACGCAAGACAGUCAGCCGAGCUGAUCUCUUAGACGGAUUUCUGGCGCUGAUUCCCAAGGACAAGAUCAGUUUUGGCAAGAAACUCGUCGAGAUCAACGAGCAAGUCUCCGGGGAACCCAAAGUCCAUCUGACCUUCCAGGAUGGGUCCAAGGUUGAGGCGGACUGCCUUUUAGGAGCGGAUGGAAUACACAGCUUAACUCGCAGCUACCUUCUCGGCGCAGACCACCCGGCCGCGCCGCCCAAAAACCACGACGGUUGGCAGAUCUACCGCACCAUGGUGCCGACCGUCGAGGCGCGGAAGCAGAUCAACCCCAAGUGGACGACGAGCGUGCCCAUCCUCCUCGGCCCCAGAGGUCACAUCAACUGCAUCCCGCUGAACAAGAACACGCGCCUGAGCGCCGGCGUCGCCGUCCGCGGCGCCGUACUUUCUGCUGGGGGCGGACGCGCCCCGCCGCUCGACCCGGCCUGGUACGCCGACUACACCGAGGACGCGCAGCGGAUCGUGCGCAUGGUGGCCGCGGACACCAGCGCGUCGUGGACGGCCGCGGACCACGACCACGCGCCGUACUACGCGCGGGGGCGCGUCGCCAUGUUCGGCGACGCCGCGCACGCCUCGAUGCCGUUCGCCGGCAACGGGGCCGCCCAGGCCCUCGAGGACGCGGCCGUGCUCGACUGCCUGCUCGCGCGCGUCCGGCGCACCGACGAGCUGCUGCAGGUUGAGCACGCACUGCUGGCGUUCGACCGGGUCCGAAGGCCGCGGAGCCAGGCGGUCGUGGAUCUGGCGCGCAAGUUCGGGCGGGUGUACGCAUACGCCGAGGACGGGAUGCACGAGGACCCGGAGAGGAUGAAGAGGUUCUUCGGGGAGAUGGCGGCGUUUACGAAUGAGUUCGAUGUCAAGGGGCAGAACGAGGCGGCUUUGAAGGUUUUCGAGGAGUUGGAGUUGGGGAUGGAGAUGGAUGAUGGCGUGGAGGUGAAUGGGAAUGGGAAGGUUGGUGGAGUCGUUGAGAGUUAGGAGAUAAGACUUGCUCCUUGUAGUUAUGAUCGUUUGGUUUGUUACUAUGGGACGUCAUCGUUGGAUAGGAUUUCUUUAAGUAUAUGUUCGGUUCCUGGUAAGAUAUUCUUUCCUUUUCAUAUCAGUCUACUAUUAUACACGAGAUCUUGUAACUACGUUACCUUUCCUUCUUUUGCAUUGCUCUCAUGAUAUAGAUGUAUUAUUAGCGCGAUCAUCUCAAGUUCGAAUGCAAAUAUUGUAUUAUGUUGAAAGCUUUUUUUGGAAGUCUGGACAUUAUAUCGCCCUCGAGGCAAACAGGGAUAUUAUCUUAGGAACUUGAAUUCGCUCUC